GUUAUUGGCAGUAGCCAUUAGUGAAUACGACGGAGGUUGCAUCUCGCAAGAUGUGUCGGUAGUGUUGGGUGUUUUGCUGCGGAUUGUCGUGACUUAGCUGUUGUUUUCCUGCGUGGAGCAACUUCUCAGGAAGCGGUAUGUCGGGAAUACUUACCACAAAAGGCAGCAGCCGGCUUAAGAAGAAGCAUUUCAAGCCUAAGCACCAAAAGGCAAAGCUCUUCAGAGCAAAUGAGCCGCUCCUCAGUGUGUUCAUGUGGGGCAUCAACCACACGAUCAAUGGGCUUACUCAUGUUAACAUACCUGUGAUGCUGAUGCCUGAUGACUUCAAGGCCUUCACAAAGACGAAGGUGGACAACCACCACUUCAACAAAGAGAACAUGCCAAGCCACUUCAAGGUCAAAGAAUACUGUCCCCUGGUAUUCAGGAACUUGAGGGAGCGGUUUGGCAUUGAUGAUGUUGAUUACAUAAACUCCCUGACUAAAUCACAGCCAAUAGCCAUAGAGUCAACAGGGCGUAGUGGGGCCAAGUUCUACCAGUCAUAUGAUCGGCUUUUCAUCAUCAAGACUCUUCUCAGUGAAGAAGUGGAGCAGAUGCAUGUCCUCUUGAAAGAGUAUCAUCCCUACGUGGUGGAGAGGCAUGGGAAGACACUGCUUCCACAAUACCUGGGCAUGUACAGACUCACAGUGGAGGGCGCUGAGACAUACCUGGUCGUCAUUCGAAACAUAUUCAGCAGUUGCCUCAAUGUUCAUGUCAAGUACGACCUCAAGGGCUACAAGAGCUCUAAGCCAGGGCCUCUGUUAAGGAGACGAUCCUCAUCCUCCGUAGUGCAGGGCUCUACAGUUGAUAGAGAAGCAAGUGACAAAGAAAGGGAAAAGGACAUCCCGACACUGAAGGACAAUGACCUCGUCAAGGAUGGUACGAAGGUUCAUGUCGGUCCCGAAGCCAAAGAACGCUUCCUUGACAUGCUUGGCGCAGAUGUUAAUUUCUUAACAAGAAUGAAUGUGAUGGAUUACUCGUUAUGUCUGGGCAUCCACGAUGUGGAACGAGCGGAACAGGAAGAGAAAGAGAAGGCAGAGGCGGCGAUGGAAGAAGCUGACGGAGGAGCAGGAGGCAGCGAUGCUGUGCCGCUGUCCGAGGAGGAAGAGGACUCUGCGGGUUCAGGUCCUGCUGGAGCCGUUCCGACGCCACCGGACUCUCCUGGGGGUCACCGAAAUGAAAUGGGGAUUUCGACGCACCGAGCCUUCAAUCCAUCGCGGGACAUCUAUGCUAUUGGAAGUCUGGAAAGUGCACCAAAAAAAGAGGUCUACUUCAUGGCCCUAGUGGACGUCCUGACCCACUACGGUGUCAAGAAACGAACGGCGCAAGCAGCCAAAACGGUGAAGCACGGGGCGGGAGCAGAAAUUUCUACGGUGCACCCCGAGCAGUAUGCCAAGCGCUUUCUCGAUUUCAUCUCCAAGGCUAUGGAGUGAAAGUCAUGUAGAUGGUAUUAUAUUUCUAAAACACUCUGUUGGCAGCACAGCAGGAUGUGUGUGUGUGUGUUUGUUCUAUGCCAGACUGAAGCACUGUGCCGGCGUCCCACACCACGCUGGAAAGCAUCCGUUGACUUUUUAUUCCUGUCGCAGAGCGGUGUGUGCAGACAAUGUGUGCGUGAAUGUGUGAGCGUAUGCAUGCAGGUUUUAUGUAGAUCAUGUAAAGUUGUUAAAGCCCUGGUACUUGGCAAACUGUGCUCCAGGGCCAGGGCAGCAGUGGCCACAUGUAUAAUUGUUCUCUGGAACGUGUAACGCCGUUCUCUCCCCAGGUAGAUAUGCUUAGUGAGUGUGUCCCGCACAUAGUUCUAGCAUGUUUCCAGUGCGGGGAAGAUUUAAGUUUGCUGAUUUUUUACCCCAGUUGUCGUCUUUCCCUACUGUUGUUUGUCUAGGCAGUGUCAACACUUUGUGGUCGUGGUCGUCAUUGUGGCUCCAUCUUGAGGCAUGCUUCCACACUAAAGAGCUGCACGAGGGUUUCUUACGAUUGUCACAGCAGUAAGUUCCUGGCGCACCCAAAAGUCAUGCAGGUGUCCAAAGUCUUGUGGACUGGCACCAUGCAAUGCAACUUUAUUGACCAGCAUCGUUGUGAGAGCCCUACGUGGUGACUCUUUCUGGAGAGCACGUUUUACUUAACAACCCGCCUCAAAAGAUGAAAUUCAACUAUUUUAGUCCAUUAGAGGGACAAAUGUUGGAGGAAGCAGUUUGGGAUGGAAGCAAUAUCUUGCCAUUACAGAUGUGUUAGUACUGCAGUCGUACUGCAACAGAUUCUACACAUGACAGUCUUUCAUACAUUGAGAACUCCUCAGUCGUUUUUACCGCGCCAGAUCAUGCUCUAGCUAUGCCCUGCUGUGGUGCAGCUGAUAAAACAAGGAAAGCAGUGUUGCUGAGCACGAUGCCUAAAGGAACGCAGAAAGUUGUUUCACGUAGUAGUGUGCAGCAAACAGCUUUCGGGAAGAGUGCAAAAAUGUAACAAAAUAAUUACGCUGUGGACGACAUAAUGUUACGCGUUCUCUUUUUCUUUCUCUGUUUUCUGUUGUGACGUCGGGCAAAGCAUUCCAUACUGACCCUUGAAUGGCGUGCAGCCAGCAUGUCCAGAACAUCCCCAUAGUGCCCUUUUACAGAAUUGCCAUGCAGGGUUUGGCUGUUUGCUCUUGCAACUGAUCAUUUAUAUAUACAACCUCUCGUAAUAAAAUUUUGUACCUGA